CGCAUAAUAAAAUGGCUUUUUUAAAACGUAAACUCAAAUCUAAAUCGCGAAAACUGUGUUUAGUUGGUGCAGCUGUGCUUGUUGCGUACGCUGAGCAUUUGCAUGCUGAGCAUUCGACUGUUGCAUCAAGACGUUGUUGGACGCGAGAGCUCUUCGCAGAGGCUUCACAACACGGAUUAAGGUUAAUCGACCAGCUGUAUCUGAACGAUGGAAUAGGGUUCGGGAAUUUCAUCCGAAUGACCGCAACAGACUUUGAAGUGCUUCUUGGCAUGGUUGGAGCCAAAAUUGCCGCAAAAGAAACACCAUUCCGCCAAACUAUUCCUCCGAACAUGCGGCUGAUUGUUGUACUACAUUUUCUGGCGACGGGAAACUCCUACACCAGCUUACAGUCCACGUUUAAAAUUUCGAAGCAAAUAAUUUCCCGGAUUGUACCUGAGGUUUGCGCGGCCAUACAAGUGGAAUGCUGCAAGUUUAUAAAGACACCGAAAUCUCAACAUGAAUGGAAAGCUGUUGCUGCGGAAUUUGAGCGAAAAUUGCACUUCCCGCAUUGUUUGGGAGCAUUGGAUGGGAAGCAUGUAAAAAUUGUGGCACCAACUAUUAGUCGCAGCGAGUACUACAAUCAUAAGAAAUGCUUCAGCAUAGUUAUGAUGAUUAUAGCGGACGCUAAUUUCAACAUCAUAUAUGCCAACGUGGGAGCCCAGGGUCGAUUUUCUGGUGGCGAUGUUUUUAAACAAACGACUAUGCAUCGUAACAUCGAAGCAAAUACUGCCGGCCUGCCUGAAGACGACCCUUUACCAGGACAAUCCAGUCCAACACCGUACGUCCUGGUGGCCGAUAAAGCAUUUGCUUUAUCGAAGCAUUUGAUGAAGCCCUAUCCCGGACAUCCAACAGACCAAUCACAAAUGACAUACAACAAUCGGCUGUGCAGAGCUCGAAUCGUGAUUGAAAAUGUUUUCGGAAUUUUGGCAUCAAAGUUUAGGGUUUUCGCUAGCCCAAUAGGAUUACAGCCGGCAAAAGCGAAACAGGUGGUAAAUGCCUGCAUUGUCCUGCAUAAUUUUUUGCUCAGAGACAAUGAAUCGAGGAGUCAUUACUGUCCCGCUGGAAGUAUGGACAGCAUUCAAGACAACACAGUUUGUCCUGGCUCUUGGCGAAACGAUGCAAAUGAAAUGCUCGAACUUCAAAGUGUGCCACGACAAGUGCCACAUAGUCUGUGGCCGAACCAGUCCACACAUCAUCAUCAUCAUCAGCAUCAGCAUCAUCGCAUCAUCGUGAUCUCAUCGCUCUGA